AUGGGCUCUGUUGCAAACGCCGACGUCACGCUGCCCGACGUUGUGGUCCCAAAGCGUGAAUCUAGUAUCGACAGAUAUACGUCGUCUUCAGCCUCGACGCCCGAACCGGGCGACGCCGCGGGAGGCAGCUCGGAGCAGGCGACCCAAGAGCCAACUCCCGUUCCCAAGCGCAAGGGAGGCAGGAAACCAAUCUAUGCGACAUCAGAGGAACGAAAGCAAAGAAACCGCCAAGCGCAAGCGGCCUUUCGCGAACGACGAACGGAAUACAUCAAACAACUCGAGACCACUAUUCAGCACCAUGAGGAGACUCUCCAGAAUCUCCAGCAGAGCCAUCGUGCGGCUGCGGAUGAGUGUUUGAUGUUACGAUACAAGAACUCGUUGUUGGAGCGCAUUCUCCUCGAGAAGGGUAUUGAUGUCCAGGCUGAACUCGCCCUCAAAGGGAGUCCCAACCUUCGACCCCAUCGCGCCCCUCCCAUCACCGGUCAGGCAUCGCCUAUGCAGAAGGCAAUGUUGAGCCGACAGCAGCAAGCGAAGAACCGGCCGGUGAUGGCACCCCCCAUUCAGACUGUAAAUCCAUCUUCCCAGGCUGGCGGACAACGAAAUUUCGCAGGCUCACCUACAGGGCAGCCCACUCCCCCAUCCCAGCAUUCCUCCCCUUCGACAGCAAGAUCGCCUGGAUUUGCUUUGCAAGGUGGGAUGACCUCACCUGCGACGGAGAUGGCAGCUCAGCAAACCCAACAGCACCAACAGGCACGGCCUUUACCCCCUUCCCAGCAAAACCCAUUCCCGUCGCAGCAUAGGGCUCAGGCACGAUCCAUAUCCACCCCGGGCGCUUCACAAGCGUUCCCUCCGCGAACGCAACCGACCUCUAGUGUACAAGAUAGUUACUAUCCAGCUUCAUUCCAGAAGCAUUAUACUCAACUCGGCAAGCUGACCCAACAGGAGUACGAUGCGCAAGCCGAUAUGAUAGAUGAAAUGGACGGCGACGAUGUCGACACGGACAGUUUCAUCCCGAACUUUCGACUCCCUCCCAUGACCACGGCGUCGGGCAUCCCCAUAGGCAUGCAAGCAUCGCCGCCAAUGACGACUGGUGCCGCAAGCGACGGCGGAGGUGGCGGCGGCGUUUUGAUCGAUCCUUACGACCCGAUGUUGGAUGCGGACCCUUUCGGCUUAACAGCGAGUAUGCAUUUUCCGAAUCCCUACGCAUAUCCACCAACGCAGCCUCGGAGCGCCAAGAUUGUGCGGAAGUCGAAUGAUGAUUUUGUCUCUUGCUCAAUCGGCACGGCCUUUGCACCCAACUAUCUCUUAUACCAGACUCAACCUUCCUCGACUCGACAAGGUCCUGCAUCUAGGGACGUUGUCCAGGUCGAGCGUCUCACCUCUCAAUACUCGAGUUGGAGUUUUAAUCAAGGAAGCCUUCACGGAAGGCGCUCGAGAGGCAACGUCAUGGCCGACGUCAAGAGCAAGAACCUCUACGAGCUAUUGGGCAACACCUCGGAUCAGGAUUCUGACCGCGAGCCUGAUCCACCUACCAAAGCCGUCGACAAACCAGCUGCUCGACAUGGCAAACGCGAUGCUCCAAAGACAGCCCCUACCGAACCUGAAAGCGUAGCCACCCGUGGCCGCGGUGGACGUCGCGGCGGUGGAUUUACUGGAAAUGAAGCAGCAUUCCGCGAUCGCGCCACCGGUAGAAACUUCAACCGCGAUCAACCAACUGACGGCGGUGGUCAAGAUGGCUACGGCAAUCGUCCGGGUCGUGAACGCGGCCCCGGCACGCGACGAGUCGGACGUGGACCCUGGGGACCACGUCGAGCCGGCGACCGCCAUAGUCGCACUGGCGUAACUGACCAUCCGAAGCAAGUGGAACAUGGAUGGGGUGAAAACACCGGCGAUGGUGAAUGGGCUGACGAAAAGGCUGGAGAGGUCAUUGCCAAAGAAGAAGACAAGGAAGAAGCCAAAGAAGGUGGAUGGGAUGCCAGCCAGAACACUACAUGGAAUGAAAACCCAGAGCCCACCACCAUUCCCGAGGAUGACGAGGCAGUCCCCGAACCUGAACCUGAGCCAGAGGAUACCAGCAAAUCAUAUGCCGACUACUUGGCAGAACAAGCCGCUAAGAAAAUGGAGGGACUUGGUCUCAAGGAAGCUCGAGCACCCAACGAAGGCGCAAAGGAGAACAAGAAAUGGAAGUCGGCCAAGGAAUUGACAAGAGACGAGAACGAGGACUACUUCAAGGGCGAGGAGAAGUCGAAAGCCCACCGAGAGCGAACCACAAAGAAAGAAUUCCUCGACAUUGACUACAGCUUCAAGGAACAGCCACGUGAAUCUCGUGGCCGUGGUGGCCGCGGUGGCGGCAGCGGCACCAGAGGACGUGGUGAUCGUGGCGAAUUCCGUGGCGGACGUGGACGUGGACGUGGUGAAUCACGUGGCGAGUCUCGUGGUCGUGGCCGUGGUCGUGGCGGCGAUGGUCCAGGUGUCGCCGUCAACGACGAGAACGCUUUUCCCAGCCUUGGUGGAAAGUGA